GUGUGUUGGGGAUCCCAGCUGCGAAAGGGGACGGGCGUGGGUGAUGUAAUUGUUUGUGCCCGACGUAGCCUGCUACUGCGAAGAGAAGUGCGUAACGGGGAGCUCUGCGCGCGACGCCUGAGCCUGCGGCGUGCACUCGAGCAUGCGGGGUACGGCAGCGGAGUGGGUGUGGGAGAGAGUCAGUCGAGGUGAAACUGCUGCGAGGUCGACGUUCCCAUCGCCGGAGCGGCUAGGCGUCAUUGGAGUGGUAGCGACUCAACCAGCACAUCACGCCAGCACCACCACUGUGCACACAUUCAGAUGCACAGGCUAUGUGCUUCACGGCAGUGCGACGCGUCUGGACGACACGCGUCACGUAUCAGCUACCUGCACGAGCACACGGUCCGAGCCCUUCACGAACUCACGUGCAGGCACUCUAUGUUCCCCCUCGUCCCCCAAGACGCAGAUCUGGGGCAUAUGUCUGGCCUCUAAGAAAAUCGUGCCAAGUGCAACUCAAAAAUGGAUCUUGACGAUCAUAUGUCUGUGCACCUUGAGAGGCUCAGCAAAAGAUUUUGUGUCUGCGAUGCAAGGGUCUCAGGGUCUCAGGGUCGCCAGCGGUCAGCUUGCCCUGGUGUGAGCACUAACAGACACUCAAAGCUUAGUCAAGCUUCGAACGGACAGCUGCUUUGAAAGUGGGGAAUGCCAUGGCUCUGUUCUGCAGGGCAGGCAUGGCAGACAGAUGACAAGAGAGGGUCUGAUCGAGUCUGGGACCGAGCAUGUGAAGGCAAGGCUGCAACAAAGUUUGA